CGUAAAUAAAUAAUAUGGUUGUAUCUUGUAGUAGUUGUUCUUUGGCGUUUAGUACACAGUCAUCUUUAAAUAGACAUUUGAAAUCAUAUCAUAAUGUAUUAAAUAAUAUUAUUUCAUAUGAUUACAAAGUAUGGAAUUCAAAGUGUAACGAAUGUUUAUGUUCUUUUAAAUUUAUUAAAGAUUUGAGGAAUCAUUUGAUAGAAAAACAUAAUUAUCAAGUCGAAACAGUUGCACAGGAAUUUGAAAGUUUAGAAGAUUUUAACAUAUGGCUUUCUACUGAAGAAGAGAGUAAUAAUGUGCAGUAUGUUAAAGCAAGAGGGCAAAAAAAAGAUGUUCAGUACUACAAUUGUAAUCGAAGUAUUACAAGUAAGCAUGAUAAACAAUCUCUGAAGCGUCCACUUAAAAGCCAAGGAAGCUGUAAAAUUGAAACAACGUGUAUUAGCCAGAUUAAAGUGGAUAAUAACAAGGAUAAGAUACUUGUAACAUAUUAUAAAACACAUUAUAAUCAUGAAAUUGAUGUACAGCAUUUGAGAAUCUUGUCAAAAGAUAGAACUGAUAUAGGAGUUAAAUUAAAAUCAGGGGUGUCUGUAAGUAGGAUUUUAAAUGAUAUUCGAGAUAAUAUCAGUGGGACACAACUAAAGAGGUGUGACAUUAUCACAAGAAAAGAUAUACACAAUAUUAAAACAGCAUUCAACAUUAAUUGUGAGGAGGAAGGAAGGAGACACACAGAUGAUGUAAUUAGUAUUGAUUUAUGGAUACAAGAACAAGAAAGUUGUGAUACUAAUUGUGUACUCUUUUAUAAAAAACAAGGAGUUGAUAUGGGUGUUUUAGAUAAAGAUGAUUUUUGUCUUAUAAUAAUGAGUAAAUCACAG